AUGGCAACUACAGCCACAAAGGCAGAGGUGCCUACCUUUUCUUAUGCACAGGCCGCUAAAGGGCUAGCUGCGCCAACUUCUUCACAGCAAAUUGCUAAGACUACAGAACAGUCUGGAAAGAUUGCUCAAGAUAAUGAGGUGAUCAAAAGUUCGGCUCCAGAACAAACAUCAACUUCUGUAUCCGCAGAGUCUGAAAAAGCGGAAUCUAUCGCUGAUCAUGAGUCCAAGUCGGCUACCACUGGCUCAACCAAGAACGCAGUCUCUGGAGCAUCAUCCCCAACCUUUGGAACCGCUUCGACAUCGACGUUAGCGAAAGAAGACGAAAUCCCCCCCAUCAUGAAUGGCGACUCCCAUUGGGAAAACAAGUCACAAACUUCAACCUCUGCUGAAAAGUCGAAUAACACCAAGGACAAGGACGGGAAGAAGGAUGAGUCGUCCAAAUCAGCAGACAAGGCUCCUCCCGUCAAGGAGCUCAAGGCCGCCCCUCCACCAGCUGUCAAUGUGUGGCAACAGAGGAAAGAAGCACAGGAAGCCAAAGUCAAGGCCAGUGCUGCAGUUUUGAAGUCAGUCAAUGCUGCAACCAAGCCCACUGCUCCGAAGCCUGCUACAGCCUCUGCAAAUGCUUCAGACUCCACCAAAGCCGCCAACAAGAAGAAGACGGCCAACGAUAGCCAGACUGAUGCAUCGAACUCAUUGAACAAGGACCGGAAGCGAGUCGAGAACGGCAAACCUCGUGAAGAAGGACCCAAGAAGUCUACAAACCGCAUUCCUCGUGAAGAGUCCGCAGAUGUCGCACCCCCACCAGUUGCAGAUGCAACUGCAUGGCCUACCCCGCAGACAGCGCUUGGUGAAGAAAAACGCAAAGCGCAGGAGAAGAGCGACAAGACUGAAAAGGUUGAGAAAAGCCCGUCAACCCGAGGCAAGGAGAAAUGGACACCAGUGCACUAUGUUCCUACUGCUGUCUUCACCACACCACUGCCAUCUGGUGCUCGUCGCGGUGGCCGACCAGCCCGUGGUGGCCGCGAGGGAGGCCGUGGUGCUCACAGCUCCAACAGCAACACGAACAGUACAACAACUCCAGCUGACGCUAAACCCGCCCCUGCUGCUCAGCCCAGCCAGGUGCAACCCAAACAACAUGCAAACUUGCCAGAGCGAGGUCGCAACGAAGGUGGUCUUGCUCGCGCGAACUCUUUACCUGCCCCGGCCAGGAAGCCUGCCACCACCGAUGCCAGUGCACAACAGCCGGAUCAGCGACGCUUCCAGCCAAACUCCGAGCGCCCACGUGUCGACACUCGCCCUAAGGCUACGGAAGAGGGCAAUGCCACCUCAAAUGGGACAUCUUCCCCUCCUGUGGACAAUGCUGCGAAGGCUUACCGCGAGCCUCGCUCUGCAAAAGCUCCAGAGUUUGUUCCCGCCCACAAGGCAUCUGACCGUAGCCCACGGUCAGGCACAUCUCCCGCAGACGCCCAGGCAAACGGACGUUUCGUUCCCAACCAUGAGCGUCGAUUUGAUAACUCAACAAAGUCAGUCGAAACUCCUCGUGAAGUGAAUGGAUUCGUUCCUCGGGAGCGUGAGUUCAAAGACUACAACCGCGAGAAGGGUGAAUUCCAGCGUGACCGUGAGCACCAAAAGGAGCGUGGCGAGUCGCGACCCGAACGAGGCCGUGGUGGAUACCGUGGACGAGGUGGCCAUUCCUACAACGGUCCUCACAACCAGCAUUUCCAGAAUUCGCAAGUGUCUCAACAUCCGUUUGUGCCGAAGCAAUUCAACGCUGGUGAUCGUCAGCGCUCGCAGCAGCAGAACUUCCAGAACGGCACACAGCCCCAGCAUGUCAACCACCGACUUUCACUGCGAUCGCCCCCCAUGCCCAACUCUGCUGGUCUGUACUCUGCCUACCCUGUACCGGAUAUCAAUACAGUGUACCAGGGCUAUCAGCCGAUUCCCCCAGGCCCAAUGAGUGCUGUUCCAUACCAGCCCUACAUGGAGCCAUUCAAUCUCUUCACCUUGAUUCAGAUGCAACUUGAAUAUUACUUCUCCGUCGACAAUCUCUGCAAGGACUUGUAUCUUCGCAAACAUAUGGAUUCGCAGGGUUUUGUUCGCUUGUCAUUCAUAGCUGGCUUCAAGAGGAUCAGACAUCUCACUGAAGAUUACGAGAUGCUUCGCCACUGUGGUCGCCAGUUGCGCAAUGCUGAAUACAUCAUCGGCGAGGACGGACAAGAUCGCUUGCGCCCACGUGACAAGUGGGAGCAAUGGGUGCUUCCUGUUGACCAGCGCGACGCUUCUGCUCAAAACGACGGCCACGCCCCAGCCGUGUUCCAACAUCCUGCUGAACAAAACAGCUUCGCUGCACCCAUGACCAACGGCGUUGAUCACAAUGGUUACCAGGCCGCCCCAAACGGUUUACCAAAUGGCGGACAUGAACAGAUUGCGCUAUCUUCAGCAGCUCCUGAAUUUACACCAUACGUUUCGGUUGGUGGUCACAACGAGGUUCCUAAUGUAGGUUAUCAAUGA